GGUAAAUGCUUUAUAUACUGAAGCAUAUAAUCUUUAGGGUUAUUUUAAAAUUUGAAACCACAUUAUAAAUUUGUAUUAAUGUUAUUUAAACUCUCUUUCAUGGUACAUGAGCAUCUUUCUAAUUUUAUAUCAAUUAAUUUUGUAAAACUCAUGUAAUUCCUAAAUUAGUAGACUAACCAUUAUAAAAUCGCUAUUUUCUAGAUAAACAUAGACAACAAAAGUUUCAAGCCUCUUUGACCAUCAUCAUACGUUAGUUUAUGAUGCAACUAUGCAUUAAAACAAUAUUUUUUAUUUUUGAAUUAUUUCAAUAUUUAUGUAUAAAUCCAUACGAAAUAUUGAGUUUUACGUUAAACGCUCUAUAUACUGAAGCCUAAACUUUUUAGUGUUGUUUUAAAAUUUCUAACCACAUUAUACAUUUGUAUUAAUGUAUGUUAAAUUAUCUUUUAUGGUAUAUGAGAAUCAUUAUAAUUUUUUAAUCAAUUUAUUUAGUAAAACUUCAUAAUACUCCCUAAAUAGGUGGAAUAACCACCGUAGAAUCGAGUGUUUCAAAAAAAAAAACCACUGUAGAAUCGCCAGUUUCUUAAAAAACGAGGACAACAAAUGCUCCAAACCUCUUUAAAUAUCAUCAUAUGUUAGUGCAGGAUGCAACUAUGCAUUAAAAAUAUUUUGUCAAAUUUUUUGAAAUUUUCUCAAAAUCUAUGUAUUAACCCCUACGAAAAUAUUGAGUUUUUGGUAAAUACUUUAUAUACUGAAGCCUAUAAUCUUUAGGGUUAUUUGAGAAUUUGUAACCACAUUCUAAAUUUGUAUCAAUGUUAUUUAAACUCUUUUUUAUCGAACAUGGACAUCUUUCUAAUUUUAUAUCAAUUAAUUUUGUAAAACUUUAUGUAAUCCCUAAAUUAGUGGACUAACCAUUAUAAAAUCGUUAUUUUCUAGAGAAACAUAGAUAACAAAUGUUCCAAGGCUUUUUGACCAUCAUCAUAUGUUAGUUUAGGAUGCAACUAUGCAUUAAAACAAUAUUAUUAUAUCUUUAAUUUUUUCAAAAUCUAUGUAUAAACCCAUACGAAAUAUUGAGUUUUACGUUAAACGCUCUAUAUAGUGAAGCCUAAACUUUUUAGUGUUAUUUUAAAAUAUCUAACCACAUUAUAUAUUUGUAUUAAUGUAUAUAAAACUCUCUUUCAUGGUAUAUGAGAAUCGUUAUAAUUGUGUUUAUCAAUUUAUUUAGUAUAACUUUAUAAUACUCCUUAAAUAGGUGGAAUAACUACUAUAGAAUCGUCAUUUUCUUGAAAAACGGAAACAACAAAGUUUCUAAAACUCUUUAAACAUGUAUAAUUUUUUAAAAAAAAUUUCAAAAAUCUAUGUAUAUGUUGCUUUUGUUUGUCAUUGACUCCUUUCUAAGAAAUAAUCACUUCUUCACUUAUUAAUUUCUUUUAAAAUAAAUCCAAAGUGAUCAUUAUGAAUUUGUCGGCAUCUAGCUAUCUUAUGUCAAAUAUUCUUAAGUGAACUUAUAUUCGUGAUUUUGGUACCGUGGUCCCCAACUUUGCGAUCAAGAAUGUCUUUCAGUUUUAAUUUUUGAACGGUAUGAUUGCUGAGGAAUAUUAUAUUCUGAUUCAUACACAACAAUGGAAAAAUAGAUCUCGUUAUUAGCAAAUUAAAGAGAGAGAUCUUCACUGAUAGAACAAAAAUAUAUUAUAUAAAACAGAUCAUGGUUGAGGCAACUUUCCCUUUUUUCAAUAAAAACCAAAGUUUGCUUUAACGAGAAUCAUGACAUUUUCAUAUCGAAAGGGUCACCGAUGACUAAUGUUGUAAAUCUAGGAAAUAGUAACUCAGUGUUUAUCUUAAGUAAGCCAUAUUUUUGGAUGUGUUAUCUCACUAAUGAAACUCGUUUUAAGUAAUUUCUUCGUUUUAGUGUACCCUCAUAUGAAUUAUAUACGUCUUAUUAACCAUAAAGUACGAAUUUAUAAUCAAUGUACGAAUACAUUGGUGAUGUACGAAUGAAUAAAGGCCCUACCGCAUAUAUAUUAUUGUUAUAUAUUUUGAGAAUUAUUGUUUGCAUGUGGAACAGUGACCCAUCUUAGUAGUAGUAUAGUUGAUAUUUUAAUCUUUUAAUUUCACUUUCGUUAGUUUCACAAAAAAAAAAAAUCACUUUCGCGCAAAUGCAUCCUUCGCCUCUACCCGACGUGGAAACUAGAGGCCACCUUCGGAGCACCUCCUUCCCCAUUUUUGUUUCAAAAAGGUACUCCAUCUGUUCUUAUAUAUAGGAUGUUUUACAAAAUUUUGAUAUUUUUAUAUAUAAAAUGUUUUCAUUUUUCUAAGUAACUUUUACUUUAUUAAAAACUAUAUAACCAAUCAUAUUUUAAUAGUAUAUUUUAUAAUUGGUUGAAUAUCAUUAAUUUAUAGUUUUAACUAUAUUUUCUAGACAAAAGAUAGUUUUCUUAAAUGUCUUUUUCUAUUUAAACAUCUUAUAUUUAGGAAUAGAGGGAGUACAUAUUUUAUAUUUUCAAUGUAAUUUUGGUCAACUAAUAAUGAGAAGUUGUGAAGUGAUAUCUUGCAUAAUUACAUUGUUUUAACCCUCUAUUUCUUGCAUGUUUUGAUCAUCUAGAUUAGGAAUCAUGCAUUUUAGUCUCUUUUUGCACUGCAUAAGUCUCUAUCAGGUUUUGGAGUUUCCAUUGGAGAUAUUAGAGGUACUUGGAAGCAUUUGGGAUCAAAAAGGGAGUGGAAAAUGCUGUUUAGGCGAGCAAAGCACCAGAGCGGGGUACGGGAGCGACGUGCGACACCCGCUCCAGAAGAAUCGAAGGCUGGCGCGACGUCUUGCACCGAGGUGAUACACCCGCUCCAAGCCCAACUUCUUGUCGACGACUUUCAUUAUGCGGAGCGACCUAUGGCAGCGACGUCACUCACCCGCGGCGGAUGCAGAGCGACCUCUGGAGCGACGUCAUCAACCCGCGCGCGUUUUGGAGAGGUGAAGCAUGUGUUUCGGAGCGACCUAUGGGAGCGACCUAGUGCACCCGCGCCGCGUUUUAUCUUAUGUCGAAAACUUAUGUUUUAUUUGGGCUUUUGAAGUGAUUAAUUAAGCCCAUUAGGUUUUAGAAGUCACAUAAAUACUCUCUAAACCUAAUUGUAGGAUCUUAUCUUGUUUUCUAUCUAAUCACAAAAGAACUUUUAGGUGAAAGAUCCUAUCUUGAUCAUUUUUCUCUUGUGAUUGCUUGAUUAUCUUGAUCACUAAUCAUGAUUAGCACCAAAUCAUCUUUGAUUCUUGGGCUCAUCAUGGAAAAUAGUGAGUAGUCAUCUUUGGAUUCAUGGGUUAGAGAGAUUAAGGGUGAUUAAGCUAGAUCUAAGGUGUUUAGGUGUAGAUCAAUCUUAUUCCUUGCUAGUAGAGGGCUUUUAAUGCAACUUUAGAGUUGGCCUCUCUAAAGUUGAGCUCUAGGCAUUUCAUACCCGGAAGGUGUUUGAUGAAAUGCCUGAACCAACUCUCCUAAGCUUUUAACAUCCUUUACCAAAGGGAUUUGUUGUUAAAGGUGUUAAGAUGGCUAGUAGACUUGUGAUUAAUGAUUACCUAGAUAACAUUCAACCAAAGGGAUUUGAUGCUUGAGUUAUCUAGGUAAAUGAGCAUUCAUCUAGGGAUAGAGUUUGCUUAGGAUUGUGUCUAGGUCUAAGGUAGAUAUAGAUUGGUUCAAAGUUGACACCUUUAGGUUGAAUCUUGAUCACCCAAGAUUGAUUCCCAUAGCCCAUGAGUUCUCCCUUCUUAUAAGAAAGAAAGCUUUGUCCUUUAUUGCAUUUUAGGUAGUAAUCUAGUUUAAAAACAUCUCAAAAACUAGUAGCACUUAGAUUAAGCAUGGUCUUGCAUUCCCUUUGCUUUAGAAUCACUUAGAACUGGUUUGACAUCCUUUAUACUACAACAUUUGAUUAGGAGCCUUGAAACUCCUAUCAUCAUGAAGUUCAAAAACAUUAAUUGCAUUUUUAAAAAUCUUAUUAGUUUAAAAAUUUAGAAAAUAUAGAAUUACAAAAAGUCAUGCAUUUAUAGCUAAGUUUUAAAAUGUUUUAUUAAAAAGUAUGAAAAUUUUAAAACAUGGAUCUUUUAGAAAUUGUGGGAGUAUAUGACUAUAUAGAGAGAUUGUUAGAUUUUUCAAUUUCCUAAUCUAGAAUUAUGUCAACUAAAUAUAGUUAUAGUUGUGUCAGUAUCGAAAUCCAAUACAAUUUGAAUGUGAUUAUAUUGUGAUAUAUUGGGAAAUACAAAGGAAAUGCAUAAAUUACUAGAAAAAAUGUUUCUUAUAUAUAUUUUUGAUAUUUCCUAUACUAGUCUGAACUGAAUUUUGAAAUUUAUCAUUCAAAGUAUCGAAAUUGGUUUUGUUAUAAGAAAAACGAGGUGAAUGAAGUAUAAUUCAAAGAAUUGACCUCCUUACAAUAUUUGAUAAAAUCAAAGGAGAUGGAAAAGAAGAAGAUAAGGUGUCAAUUAAUUUGGCGGUGAAGAAACAAUAAAUAGGGUAGGUGACAAACCUAAAACCUUGUUAUUUGUCUGCAAUCCAUGGAAGAGAGAAGCAUAUAUUUAUUUAUUUCUUAUUUAAAUAAAUUAAGAAACGAAGAAAAGAAAAUAAACCAAAGAAAGCUCGAAAAUAACCCUAAAACAAGUUAUAGAAAAUCGACGGCAUCGUUUCGGUGUGCCUAAUGAGGAUACUGUUGAUGGGAGAGGGUCUUAUAAUAUACGGUUACAAAUGUGGCACGUGACUCAGCUCUCAUCACUAAAUACAAUAAAAUCUUUUUUUUUGCUCACAAUCUUCAUUAGUUCCACUAAUUUUUCCUUACAAACGAAUAUUUCUGAUUCAUUGGUUCAUGACAUGUGAAAAAAAUUACGCUGGAAUUUCGCAAAUUCAGAAUUCCGAUAGCAGUAUUUUACAUAACAUCAAUAGUUAUUUUAUACGAAACUUUAAAUUAAUAAUUAAUCAGGUGAAUAAACUUAUAUGCUGAGAGCAUCACUAGCUACAACGAGGUGAAUUAGAUAGAUAGUUCAAUUCUGAUAUUUUUUUGUCAAAAAAAGGUUCAGUUCUGAUAUUUGUUUGAUUUUCAAAUUAAAGCGGUAAAAAAUCAUGAUAAAUCUAAUAAUGAUAUCAUUCUAAAUACGAAUUUGAAUGUUUAGUUCCAUGAAAUGAAUAUCGAAAUGAGGAUUAAAAAAUUCAGUGAACAUUAGGAUUGAAGCAAUAAAAGUGUGAAAAGGGAACAAUAAAGCCAAAUGGUUAGGGAUUAGACAGAUUGAAAUGUUGGGGAGCAUAAAAGCCAAUAAUUUGGUAAUUUUGCAGAGGACACCCUCUUAUUGCGGCCAAUUAAUUUAAUUUGAUUUUCAAAUAAAUUCACAAACAUGUCUCUCGAAAAUUUUCUUAUAAAGUUCUCAGUGCAGAGGAAACCUUUUUUUAUGAAAUACGAAGAUUUAAAAGCUGAAUGACAGAUUUAAAAGUAAAAAAAAAAGGUACACGAAUUAUUAAACAUGACAAUAUCUAAUGUGAAAAAACUGUUUGGUUUUUAGGAUAUAUAUAUCCAUAAUUAAUGAUUUUAGAGUCAUUUCUUGCUCUUAGAAGUAGGGAUAUAGAAAUGUGCAAGUAUCUACUUAUUCAGGGGCUCACAAAGUAAAUAAUACUUUAAUAAAUGGGAAAAAUAUCCUAGACUGCAGCCAAAAUAAUGAUGUUACCUAAUAAUUCAAGGGAAUAAUUUUAUAGGCAACCCUUUGUUUUCCAAAAAGGUUGUGUCAAUUAUGGAGUCACAUGUGCAAAUUGCCUUAAAACUAUCCCCAUACAAAAAAUCCAAAAUAUUAAUGAAACUCGGUAGUAAAAAAUCUACAGAGGAAAUGGAAAAGUGUCUUCAGAUCAUUAUUUAAAAACCAAUUCUACAGCCAAGAUUUAAAGAAGAAUGCCUCGAUGGCUCGAUGUAUUAUUUUAUCUAACCUUGCAUUGAAAUGAAUAUAUAUGCAUCAAUGCAUGUAUUCAAAUUAUUUGAUAGGAGAUAAUGAGAACUAAGACACAUGGACAUGGUACAAAAACUUAAAACAUACAGUAUACAUACAAAAUCUCAUACAAAAAGAUCUGUAUGUAGUAUCCAUAGACCAUACCAUACAUCGGUUUCUUCCCUCUCUCGCCCACACUCAUACAAGAAGAAAAAUAAAAAAAAAUGUUAUUAAGUCAUGGGACCAUAUCUGUAGCUUACAUUCGACCUUUUUCGUGAACUACACGAUCAGUCUCUCCCUCUCUAAAAAAAGCUCAAUCUUUUCUCUCUUUCUUUGGAAUUAAAAGGGUAGAGCCUUUACUUUUUCCUUCUCUUUCAGCUGAGUAUAAAUCUAAAAAUGGACGAUCAUCAUCCUCAGUAUGGUGUACCGGAGCUCCGGCAGCUCAUGCAAGGCGGGGGGAGGGCGACUACGACGGAAUCACCGUCGACCUCUUCUCAUUUUCCCUCCGACUUCUUUGGCUUUAACCUAGCUCCGGCUGCGCCCCCUCCGCCGCCGCAACACCACCGGCUACAUCAGUUCACUACAGAUCAGGAAAUGGGUUUCUUACCACGUGGCAUACAUGGACUGGGUGGGAAUUCUUCGACGGCUGGAAAUAACAGUAACUUAAACGCUAGCAGCAGCGGUGGAGCAGUUGGGUUUAGCGGGUUUCUGGACGGAGGAGGUUUCGGAGGCAGCAGCGGAGGAAAUGGUGGAGGAACAGGGAGAUGGCCGAGACAAGAAACCCUAACUCUGCUGGAGAUUAGAUCUCGUCUUGAUCAUAAGUUCAAAGAAGCUAAUCAAAAGGGACCUCUAUGGGAUGAAGUUUCUAGGAUUAUGUCUGAGGAACAUGGAUACCAAAGGAGUGGGAAGAAAUGCAGAGAGAAGUUUGAGAACCUUUACAAAUACUAUAAGAAGACUAGAGAAGGCAAAGCCGGAAGACAAGACGGUAAACACUAUAGAUUUUUCCGGCAGCUUGAGGCGCUCUACGGUGAUUCCAACAACUUGGUUCCUUGUCCCAGUCAUAACACACAGUUCAUGAGCAAUGCUCUUCAUGGUUUCCACACCCAAAACGGUAUGAACGUUACUACAACAACGUCUAACAUUCAUAACGUUGAUAGUGUUCAUGGUUUCCAUAGUCAAAGCCUAAGCCUUUCUAACAACUACAACUCCUCCGAGCUGGAGCUGAUGACUUCCUCUUCUGAGGGGAAUGAUUCUAGUAGAAGAAGGAAAAAGAGGAGUUGGAAAAAUAAGAUAAAGGAGUUCAUUGAUGUGAACAUGAAAAGGUUGAUAGAAAGUCAAGAUGUUUGGCUUGAGAAGUUGACAAAGGUUAUUGAAGACAAAGAGGAACAAAGGAUGAUGAAAGAAGAGGAAUGGAGAAAGAGUGAAGCUGCGAGAAUCGCUAAAGAGCAUUUGUUUUGGUCUAAAGAGAGGGAGAGGAUGGAAGCUAGGGAUGUGGCUGUGAUUGAGGCUUUGCAGUUUUUGACCGGAAAGACGUUGAUAAAGCCGUUAUGUUCAUCCCCAGAGGAGAGGAUUAAUGGUAAUAUUGAGAUUCAAAAGAAUAGUGAGAAUCAGAAUGAGAAUGAAAGCGACCAAACAAUGACUAACAAUGUUUCUAUUGAAGGAAGUGGUAGCUGCUGGAAUGAGCAAGAGAUCACAAAGCUUAUGGAGAUAAGAACUAGUAUGGACUCGGCGUUUCAAGAGAUAUUGGGAGGAUGCUCGGAUGAUUUUUUAUGGGAGGAAGUCGCAGGGAAAAUGGCUCAGUUAGGGUUCGAUCAGAAAAGUGCCUUGUUAUGCAAGGAAAAGUGGGAGUGGAUAAGCAAUGGAAAGAAGAAAAUGAACAAGAAAAGGAAGGACAAUUCGUCGAGCUGCGGCGGUUACUAUCCAACAACCGAAGAAAAUACGAUCUACAACAAUCAAGAAAGUGGAUAUAAUGAUAAUGAUCAGCGUCAUCAGAUGAAUGAACAAGGCAAUGUGGGUUCUUCAACAUCAAAUGUAAACGCAGCCGCUGGAAACCCGAGCGGUGCAAUGACCGCUAAUACAAACUGCUUCCCGUUCUUCAUGGGAGACGGAGAUCAGAAUCUGUGGGAGAGUUAUGGUUUGAGGCUAAAUAAAGGAGAGAAUCAUGAGUGAGUAAUUAAUUUCCAACGAAGAAGGUAAUCAUGAGGUUAGCUAAUUCUUUUGAGUUAGUUUUAUGAGAGAUAAACCUUGACUUAACUAUUAUAUACGUCACACGAUGCUUAGAAUGAAAGGGAUAGAUUUGGUUGGGGCAUACCGACCAAAUUAUAAGAUGAAAGUCAAAUUAAAGUAGGCUAUAACCAAUUCUUAUUAUGUUUUCAUUUUGUCAUUUUGUAAGACUUCUUAUAUGUUUUUCUAGUACUGAACCUUGAUUCUAGUAGUAAA